CUGAUAGAAGAUGAGUUACAACCUUGUUGCUAUACUAUUGUUAUGGUUGGUAUGUAACUCCGUGGUUUUGGGUUGCGGCAGAGGAGGAAGUGGCCGUAGUUGCCCACCGAGGGAUACGACCAGACCAACUAUAAAAUGUCCGCCAAAUAUAGAAGCAGUUGCAGAUCCUUUCCAGAUAAACACAAAAGUAUGGUGGGACGAAAGAACUAUCUCAGCCAACGACGAUCGAGAUGGCCCAAUUACACCCGUACGAUCUGGAAAAGCACCUGGAAAACUGUUUUCGAGGACUACGAAAAUAACAUAUACUGCAAAGGACAAGGCAGGCAACUACGCUUCGUGCUCAUUCUAUGUCAUUGUAAAAAUUUUGGUAUGUCCCACAUGGGGUGAAAUUCAAGAUGGCUGGAAGAUUUGUCAUGUGAGUUCCCAAAUGCGACGUGGAAGUGUGUGUAGGUUUGGUUGCUAUGGCGGUCACGAGCUAGUUGGUCCAUCAAAAACUACAUGUUUGGACUCGGAACAAUGGGACACGGCAACUCAACCUUACUGUCGAAAACUUCAAUGCAGCGAGCUUCUCCCUUCUACCGGCCAAUAUGGCGUCGUUGAUAUUUCCUGCACCGAUAAUAACUAUUACCGAAGCAAGUGUUCAUAUAACUGCAAAGAUGGUUACAGCAUACUUCCCGGGCACAGCAAGGUUCGAGUCUGCAACGAGUAUGGCAAUUGGAGGGGCAGGAUGCCUAUAUGUGAAGAUACAUCGCCGCCAGUGUUUCAAAAUUGCCCGUAUGUAAAGGUUGGGUACGCCGAGCGAUCGAAAACUUCCGGAAAAGCCUGGUGGAACGAACCUCUUGCCACGGACAACAGUGAAAUCGUUAAUACGAUUCGAAUAUCAGGUCCUGAAUCUGGAACUGUGUUUGACGUUGGCGAGCAUACCGUCACAUACAUGGCUUCUGAUGCUGCAAAUAACACUGCCAUCUGCAAAUUCAAUGUUGUCGUAAAACAGAUAAAGUGUCAUAUGAUUUACCCUCUACCUUACACUGGCGUCGUUUGCCCGACAGGAAGAAUAUUUGGAUCGUCUUGUGAGUUCAUUUGUGACAAUGGUACUGCGUUGAAUGGCCCUGCGCAUGCGCAGUGUGAGAAAACGGGCGAAAUUGUUCCGUACGGUAGAUGGACAUUCAUGAACAACCAGCCAUACUGUGAAAAUAUUAACAAGUGUCCAGCACUUCGCCCACCAGAUAAUGGCGCGUUGGCUUGUGACACGUGGCUGCAAGGAAAGUUCUGUCAAAUUUUAUGUGAGGAUGGGUACGUGGUUACUAACGAUCAAAAUACACAGAGGGAUGACAGAGGUCUGCAAAAGAACCUACUUGUGUGCGGAGAUUCUGGUAAUUGGUACCUAUCUGCAACGAUUCCAAAUUGUCAAGAGGUUGAUAAUGAAAGAUUAUUGACUAUCUUAAAACUCGAGUUUGAGUACUAUUACUAUGAUGGACCUUGUGACGAGGCUAGAGAAGAUAUAAAAAAUAAGUUCAUUGAAGCGUUCAAUAAAGGCACUGGACAAGACUGUAAACCAAAAUGCUCUGUCAGUAAAGUUAAAAUCAUUUGCGGAAACAGAAUUGGGGAUUCAAGCAGAAAACGAAAAAGCACUGACCCGACAAUUACGUUCACAGUGACAGUAGAACUCUCAAACGACUUGUCAGCGACGGAAAAGGCAAUUACUAGAAAUUCUAUUAAGAAUUCCGUUUCUAAGGCUACCGAGAACGGUGACUACAAUUUGGAAAUUGAUGGCUUCUCGGCCGAGUCCCCGACAACCAGCGUUUCUCAUAUCGAGGGCGAAUGUUCAACCGGAAGUGCUUAUGACAGAGCAACAAUGCAGUGUGUUAAGUGUAGCGUCGGAUAUUUCCACGACAUAGAUGGUAACACCUGCAGCGCAUGCGCACGUGGUUUCUAUCAAGAUGAGCCUAAACAAAGCACGUGCAAGCAAUGUCCUACCGGCAAAACCACCAAAACUACGGGAGCUAACUCUGCAGCUCAGUGUGAAGACGCUUGUGAACCUGGCUUCUACUCUGCAACUGGUACCCCGCCCUGCUCAGCUUGCGACCUUGGAUCCUACAAUGAAAACUAUGGAAGCGUAGGAUGUACAGAGUGCCAGGGAUCACAAAUUACACUUAAAUCUGGGUCAAUAUCCGGGUCUCAAUGCAAAGAGUUCGAUAUUACGUACACUCAACUGAACGAGUCUGAAGAACUAGCGCCGGGUUCCCUCGAAACACAAGUUGAUAGUCUUAGUAAAUUCACCUUGACAUUCUUUGUAAAGUGUACUCAAUGUGACACUUUGAUAACCCUAGCAGACACUGAUAGUACAGACCUUUCUAUCAGCCACUCCGACAUGAUAGUUGUCGGUUAUAAUGGACAGCAGUUCACGACUGGAGAGAGUAUAGUCGGGUCAAUGAUGUGGAAGCAGAUUACAGUCAUGUAUUCUGGCACUGAGAUAAUUACAUACCUGGACAGUACAGAAGUUCUCAGAGAGCAAGUGUCUCCUCAAAGAAGAAAAAGGUCCACAGAAACACCUGUGAAUAUCACUGUGACAAUAGGAGGUGAAGGGUUUAUCGGUUCAUUUUCACAGUUGAACAUAUGGUCAGAUGUCACAUCAUUUACACCAGUUGUAACAGAUACGUGUUUUAACACAGGUCAGGGUGAUUUGAUAAGUUGGAAACAGUUCUCUGAUACUGAAGGAUCCUUUAUCAUAACAAAAAGCAAAUGUGAUGUCGACAACAACUGUGAUAAUACAUCAUGCCAUAACGGAGGUUCCUGCAGUGAUUCUAUUGGAGGCUUUUCAUGCGCAUGCGCAAGAGGUUUUACCGGAAGUUUCUGUGAGAUCAAUAUCGAUGACUGCCUUGACAACGCGUGUGAUAACAACGCUACAUGCAUUGAUGGACAGGAUAAAUAUAGUUGUGUUUGUCCGGCUGGCUUUAAGGGUGACUUAUGUGAAACCCACUUUGUUGACGGUGGUUGGACAGAUUAUGAGAUAAGUGGUGAAUGUUCCGUCACAUGUGGAUCUGGAACGCAGCAGAUGUCACGUGUCUGUGAAAACCCCAUCCCAAUAAAUGGCGGGAAACAGUGUGAAGGCGAUAGUACAAAAACAGUCCCCUGCGAAACCAACGUUGUUUGCAUAAAUGAAUGUGGAAAGGACCCAACGACACUAGAUAAUGGAAACAUGAACUGUGUAUCAGAAAAUGACGAGAAACGUGUUUGCAGGCCCACGUGCAACGAUGGUUACGAAUUUGACAGCGACCUCUAUAUUAACUCUUCCGGUAUCGUCUGCGGGCCAGACACCGGAUAUGUUUGGAAUAUAAAUAACGAGGAUAAUCCCAAAUCACAGAUUCCUUCUUGUCAACCAAAGCACCUGGCUCCAAAACUGUCGGUAAAUCAAACAGGUGUGUACAAUACGUUGAGUACUGAAACUUCUGAUGUUGAAAACACCAUAAAGUCGACUGUAAGGCGACAAACUGAAAACAGCUGGUUGUGUUGCCAACGGAACAUGCGAAUUAAAGGGCGUUCACAUUUCGUCUUCAACUGACCAAUCAGAAGAGAGGAAACGAAGGGAGACAAGCUUUGUAUCAUUUACUAUAGAGCUAACAUGUGACAAUACUAUAGG